AGUUGAUCCCCCGUUUAUCGACCCGGUGCGCAAACACACCAGUCCGUCAUUAAGGGGGGGGCAUGGACCCCUAGCUCCAUGAAAUAUGUAUCUCUGGUGGUUGUCAUUAUAAAUUCCCCCAUCCAACUAUAGGAUUUUCGGGGCUCACGUAAUAUUCUUCAAAAGCAAUGUAUGCAACAGAGCAUUGCCUAUUAAAUAGAGCCAAUAUUUAAUGCAGAAAUAAUAAUUGCGUCGCUUAUAAUAGGAAACACAGUUUCGUUGCAAUACGUUCGCAAUACAUUCUUGGAAAUGGAAUAUAAUAAGACGACUUCACCCAUGGGUUCCUCAUUUGGAGAUUGAUAAAACACUUGUUGGGUAGCACAAACCAGCGCCGUUUAUCGGGGAGGCGACACUGGGAUACAGUCUGCCCGCCGCACAUCCACAUCCCCUCAGUGGGGAUCGCUGCUGGCUACCCGUGUUGUGAAUAUUUGCAUCGUCUACCCUCAGAAUUACCCUACCCUAUCGAUCAUACAUUAAGGAACUCCUUUAGCACAGCACACACCGCCCGUGUUAUCUUGCAUUUGCAGUCCACGCCAAACGGUGCAACAAUCCCACCAUCUGUAUGGUCCGGGAGAAGGAAAAAACAAAACACUUCAGCGGUUUGUAGGCUAGUUGGGGCGUUUUGCUUCGGGGUUUAACUAGGCUAUAUGCACGGGAGUGUGUUUUUAUUCGCCUGCAAGGACAUCCGACAGCGCCAGUUUCGACGCACACGUAAAAAAGCAGCCCAAACAAUGGUCCAUUUAUCCGCCGCGGGCGACGGCACCUGUAGCCGCGCUGCCGGCUCUCUGCGAAUGGCCCUCAAGUUUCACCGAAACGCUCUCGGACUAUAAUAAGUGUGCAGACAGUCGCCCUCGACAAAAAAAAAAAAAAAAGUCGGCGCUUAAAGCGAAGACUUUCACGGGCUGAGAAAUGACAGACGGUGCUGUGUGUGUGCUUCAUGUGUGAGGACUGAGUGCGUAUGUAGCCUGUGGGUCAUUGCCUGGGAAUCCGGUCUUUCCUGCCUCACCUGCUCCAAGCCUUUGGGACAGCGGGAGGGGACACGGAGAACCUGCUCCUCCGCGGGACCACGGCGGAUGUUCUCCAAACGGUUCCUUUUCUGGUGGAGACAUGACUCCGAGGUCGGUGGUGGCGCCGGUUCUGAUGGUCGUGCUACUCCUGGCGGGCGGCGUGGCUUCGUCCGACAUCCUCUACCGACUCCCUGAAGAGCAGCCCCCAAACAGCCUGAUCACCAGCUUGGCGGCCGACCGCGGGCUCCCAGACACCGGCCAUCUCUACAAGCUUGAGGUGGGCUCCCCUUACCUGAGGGUGGACAGCAAGUCUGGGGACAUCUACACCACGGAGGUCCCCAUCGACCGCGAGACGCUGCGUGACUGCCGCAACCUGUUCGAGGGCGACAAAUGCUACCUGGAGUUUGAGGUGUCCAUCACGGACAUGAACAAGGGCUUCGGCACGGGCCCGCGGCUGAUCGAAGGGCGCAUCGAGGUGCUGGACGUCAACGACAACACGCCGCAGUUCUCCUCCCCCAUCCUCACACUGUCCAUCCCCGAGAACACCCACAUCGGGGCGCUGUUCUCCAUCCAGAUGGCCACGGACAGGGACUCGGGCAUCAACGGCGUGGCCGAGUACUCGCUCAACACAGGGCCGGACGCCGACCAGCUCUUCAGCCUCCAGGUGGCCGUGGACGCAGAGGAGAAGCUGCCACAGCUGGUCGUCAUGGGCAACCUGGACCGGGAGGUGAAGGACUCGUAUGACCUGAGCAUCCGCGUGGUGGACGGAGGGAAGCCCCCCAGGGCGAGCAGCGCCCUGCUCCGUGUCACCGUCACCGACCAGAACGACAACCCGCCCAAGUUCGAGAGAGACCACUAUGAGGCGGAGCUGUCGGAGAUCAGCCCCGUCGGCCACUCGAUCCUACAGGUUCGGGCCAACGACGCAGACACUGGAACCAAUGGCGAGAUUGACUACAGCCUUCACCAAGCCUCCGAGACAGUACAGAGGCUGCUCCGCAUCGACCGCUCCACUGGCGUCAUCUUAGUCAAGGGCCAGGUCGACCGUGAGGAGGAAAACUUCCUCAAGUUCUUUGUCGUGGCCAGGGACCGUGGCCCCAACGCCAAGAGCUCCAAGGUCCUGGUGACAAUCAGAGUCAGGGACCACAAUGACAACGCGCCAGCUAUUGAGAUCCGAGGUAUCGGCCUUGUUACCCACCAUGAUGGCGUGGCAAACAUAUCGGAGGACAUGCCCAUCGGCACGCCGGUAGCCCUGGUGCAGGUGUCGGACCGCGACGAGGGUGAGAACGCCGUGGUGACGUGUGUGGUGGCAGGGGAUGUCCCGUUCCAGCUUCGACCGGCCAGUGAAUCGGCCAACGACCGAAAGAGGAAGUACUUCUUGCAGACGACCACACUGCUGGACUACGAGCGUGUCAAGGACUACCGGAUUGAAAUUGUUGCUGUGGAUUCUGGCAAUCCAGCAUUGUCCAGUACCAAUUCUUUGAAGGUCCAGGUCACAGACAUGAAUGACAACAUGCCAAACUUUUCCCCAGCAUUGUUGGAGGUGGACUUUGCAGAGGGAAACCAGCCCGGAGAUAAGGUCUUGGACAUGAUGGCCACUGAUGCUGAUAGUGGCACCAAUGCAGAGCUGAGCUACAGCAUUGUUGAAUCCUCCUCAUCCAAGCUCUUUGAGAUUGAUGUCAACACUGGCGAGGUGCGUGUGAAGAACCAGCUGGAUCGUGAAGAAGUCCAACGCUACCAGUUCCACGUGGCCGCAGCCGACAAGGGUGUCCCAAGCAAAACAGGCACAGCCACCGUUGUGGUCAAUGUUCUGGACUGCAAUGACAAUGACCCAAAGUUCAUGCUGAGCGGAUACAGCUUCUCGGUCAUUGAAAACAUGGCCCCACUCAACCCAGUCGGAGUGGUAACUGUUACUGAUGCAGAUGAAGGGGAGAAUGCCAGAGUCAAGCUGUAUGUAGAGCCGGACAAUGGCAAAUUUGUCAUCCAAAACGGCACAGGAACAAUCCUCUCCAGCCUCUCCUUCGACCGGGAGAAGGAGAGCUCCUACACCUUCCGGCUCAGGGCAGUCGAUGCCGGAGAUCCACCUCGCUCCUCCUAUGUAGGGGUAACCAUCAAUGUUCUGGAUGAAAACGACAACGCCCCUUACGUAACCAAACCCUCAAACUCUACCUACAAGUACCUUCCCCCGGUCACGGCCCCAGACGCCCUGGUGGAGGUGGUCGAGGCAGAGGACAUGGACUAUGGUCAGAAUGCAGAGCUGGUUUACAGCAUCACCGGGGGCAACCCUUACAACCUGUUCCACAUCUCCCCCAAUAGCGGUGAAGUCACCCUGGCACAGGAAUUUGCCCGCAAACACAACGGGCUGCAUCGCCUGGUGGUGCGGGUCAGCGAUAAGGGGAAGCCUCCGCGCCACACCACCGCCUUGGUCCACAUAUACGUCAACGACACUGUUGGAAAUGUCACCCACAUAGAGGCUCUGGUGGGGCACAGUCUCUACACCCCUCUAGACAGGGACAUCGCUGGGGACCCCGAGUACGCUCACAGCCAACGCAACAACAUCCUGUAUGCCAUCCUGACGGGGAUCGCCGGGGUGAUUCUUGUCAUCGUAGCCGUUGUUGUAAUUCGGCACCGACUGCAGAAAGACACAAAGAGCGGCUACCAGCCUGGCAAGAAAGAGAACAAGGACCUGUUCGCACCAAAACAGGGUCCAAAAAACGGCAAGGGGAAAAGGAGCAAAAAGGGAAAGGCCCCUAAGCCAGCCAAGGCCCUGGAGGAGGACGAGGAGGCAAGCCUCCAGAAGGGCCUCAAGUUCAACCUCAUCAAUGAAGACGUCAACGACAGCCCCAGGAUCCACCUGCCCCUAAAUUACCCGCCAGGAAGCCCCGAUCUGGGCCGGCACUACCGCUCCAACUCCCCCCUGCCCUCCAUUCAGCUCCAACCCCAGUCCCCCUCAGCCUCGAAGAAGCACCAGGCGGUCCAGGACCUCCCGGCCACCAACACCUUUGUGGGGACGGGAGACAACACCUCCACGGGGUCCGACCAAUACUCGGAUUACAGCUACAAGGCAAACCCGCCCAAAUACAGCAGCAAACAGGUAGGCGAAUACUACACCACAAGGUACAACAGGAACAUCACGUGGAACAAUGAGGUGUGGUAGUCACAGGGGACUGGUUGGCACUCACAACACUGCACUGAUUACCUUGUCUCUCCGUUGUCCUGCCCCAUAGCUCACAGCCACCGCUCUUCAGCUUCUUUGAUCAACAUUUUAUUUUGGUUUUGUGCACUAUUUUGAGUUCACAACUUUUUUUUUUCUGUUGUUAGCUUCUAUUAAUUCAUAAUACAUCAUCAACUGUCUGUUAUUUUUUUUGGUCAUUUGUUUAUUGUUCUGUUUCACUAUUUUCCCACUGGGUGACAUGAAGGAGUUUAAAGAUUUUUAUUUUCCAAAGGUAUCAUUUCCAAACUUUUCUGUUUGGGAGUUCCAUUACUUCUCAUUCAUUCAGAAUGUUUUGGUCUCGAUCGCAUUCCCUCCACGUCGAGCGGCUCCUAAUCUGAUAUAAGAAAGCUACUGUGAAUCUUAAAGGCGUUUUAUUAUGUGGGCUAUCCGUUUGUUAUGACCAACUCAGCUGGACUUUAGACAGUUGGUCUCUGAAUUGUGGCUUUAGACAAAACGAAGGGAGGGACCCGAGGUUUAUACCGUUGAUAAACCAAGCCGAAGAGGGCGCUUGUUUCACGGUCAAACAAUCGAAUAAAGGAUAGGUACAAUUAACGCCAUUUCCCAACAUCCGUCACCAUUGCACCUGUCAGCUUAACUGAAAUAUAGCUUUUAAUUAUGCUGUCCCCAUUCGCCAGGGCUAAAGUCAAUUGUUUGCACAAAUUAACGGGAGGCAAUUCCAGGCGAUGACUCUGCCUCUACCCAUAGUGCCUUGCUACUAUUUAAUGUACAUGCUGAGGGUCGUUAACUUCAGCCCCUAAUGAGGGUCGAUGCGUGAGUCCUGUGGUUCUUGCGGCAAGCGUUCACAUUACAGGCCCGGUGUUUGUGGUGGUGUCUACUGUGAAAUCAGAGAGGAAGAUUGGCAGGUAUAAAGAGACGCACCUCGCACAGCAAGCCGGUGACAAUCAAAGUGAAGUCAUAUGCAAAUUGUACAUAUGUGAAUAACAAAACUAUUUUUUUGGUUCUUGUGAUUUUUCCUGUGUUUGUUUAAUUAUGCUGUUUUGGUUCGUGUGUGUUGGCUUUGGCACACAAAACGCCUGUUCGCUGAUACCUCACGUACUCACUCAGUUGUGUUCUAAUGACUUGUGUUCAUCGUUGAAAUAUGCUGUACCAAAGAAAAUGCACAGACACACAUUCUUUCAUACCAUGUACAAACAAAUGCACACACUUGUACUCCGGCAGUAUUGCAAAUGUUACAAGACGUCAUAUGUAGUUCAUUACCCUUAGGUAGUUCGGUUUCUGUUAGCCAUAGAGAGCUAGGGAUGACUACCGCUAGCAUACCUGCCAUACAGAUGUGGUUCAGGUCUAGGUCAGGAUUUGUCCUCAUGAGGGUUGGCUAAGGUUAAUGGAAAUGUUUAAUUCAAGAUACUCUCUAAGAGUGUCUGAGUACGUGUGUCUGAGUGAGAGUGUGUGUAUGAAUGUUUUGCCUGCCAAUUCUCCAGUUAUCAGUUCAUUUAAUCUUUUUUUUUGAAAGAUUGUAUCAGUUUUUCAUGCUACUGUGUCUUCCCGGCUAUGUUCGAAAGCUGUGUAUUCUAGUGGAAUAUGUACAGUGUGUGCGCGUGUGUCUUUUCCACAGAUUUCUAAGACAACUUCAAUAAACAUGUUAUCCAAACGUGUGCUUUACAUUCUCUGUUCAUUCACCUGGGGCAUGGGGGACGAGACAUGCAAUGGGACAUGGGCUCCAUUCAGGAAGAGGCAAGUCAUGAAAACAAAGCAGUCACACCAUUACCAUCCACCUACCUGUCAGUAAUGACACACAUCCUGAUGCCGCUGUUGAUGAAUCAUCCGCAACUCCAUUUUGUACCUCCAUGCUAUACUUCUUGGUUCCGAUUGUUCUCCAUGGGAUUUGUCACUGCCUGUCUAUCGUCUAUUUGGUAACGGUAACAGCAUAGCUGGUAUCUAAAUUUGUUACUGUUUAUCUGGUGACAAAAUCUGUAGCAGUCUGACCAAUGGGGUUGUCGUAUUUAGUGUACUAGGACCUAUAGUUUAUUUAGAAGGAUUAUUUAGAUUUAGCUGUGUGUUGGGGAAGCAAACCACUAGCAGCUUUAGCCAGCUGAUAUCGCCACAACAAAACUCUGUAACGCUAGAAUAGAGAGAUUAUUCUACCAGAAUACUGUAUUAGAAGGGCCCUGCUCCCAAACUCAAGGCUCAAUCAUAUCCACCCAACAAGGCAACUCGCUUAGUAUGAGUUGCGCUUUUAUGUUUGUGUAUGCAGUCUGUCUGUGAGGAGCUAUUGAUUGCCAAAACGUGUCCUUUAUCAGUGUGGUUUGUUUGUUAUAUGUCUGGGUAAUGUUGAACAGAAGCAGAAACACACAGCCAACCAAAACUAUGACUAGCCACGAGGAGGCUGUAAUCAGACGUGGUCAGCUUAAAAAACAUAAUGUAAAACAAUGCAUUUAUUGUAUCUGAUCGUUUUGUUUUAUGACAGUAGCCACUGGUAAUAGCUCUAUAACAGUGUUUGUUUUCCUUUUAUUAUAAUCAUUCUUUCUCUACCAAGUCUGCAUCGAGUAUAGUCAGGAAGAAAGGGGCUGAUUUUUAAGGAUAAUGUCACCGCUGAAGGCCUUUCUUUUGUUCGGAAUCUGCUCUAGCUUAGCAUUAGGCAGGCAUUAUGGUGGAAGGUCUUCACAGGAAGCCGGCCUGCUAGCACCUUUUCUCACUACAUUUUCAUCAGAGAAAAUUGCACCAAUUUCAAAAUGGCUCCAUGUAGCUGCAAUCAGCCAAGCAACAAAGAAACCCACUCACCGCCGUUGAACACUUUUUUUCUGUUCCUUUGAUUCAGUUUCCUUCCCCUCCUAACACCAUUCUAAUGCAUAUCUGUUGAGUCAACUUUUUUGUUUGGGUGGGGCUUUGUUGCUUUUGGAUUUUUUGAGGGGGAAAUGUUGUACACAGAUCACACCAAACACGGCAAACCAAACCAUAGGGUCAGCAACACACGCGCAUUGCUGACCAAUUGCUUCUUCCCAUUGGCUUGAAUUACCAUCCGGUUCCGUCACUUCCCACCUUUUUGAGCCAAUUAGAAGCAGCGAUUGGAAGUUAACUUUAUUUUUUUACUUAGCCUGUGGAAAUGUUUUUAGCGCUUGGUUUCGUGUGUGUGUGUGUGUGUGUGUGUGUGUGUGUGUGUGUGUGUGUGUGUGUGUG